AUGAAGCAGCUGUGGUGGAAUAUCCGGCAGGGGCUCGUUCCUGCCAUCCAGGAUGCCAACAGGCCGCUGUGGCUGCUGUGGCUGCUGUGGCUGCUGCUCGGUGACCUCGGCGCCACUGCGCCUCCGCUAGACUCUUUUUCCCAGCUUGCUGCUCCUCAGCACCUGAACCUUCACCUGUACAAUGACGAGCAGAUUCUGAGUUGGGCGCCGUCACCCCCCACCAACGACACGAGACCAGUGGUUUACCAGGUGGAGUAUAAAUUCAUUUCUGGCUCUUGGAAUAAAGUCAAGGACGUGAAUUGUACGGACAUCACAGAGACGAAGUGUGACUUCACAGGAGGUGGCGGCUUGAACAGUUUCACAGGUUUACGCCAAGUUUACUUGCGAGUUCGAGCCAAGCAAGGAAGCCUCACUUCUGAGUGGGUCACCUUGAGCCAGUUCACGCACUAUUGCGAUGUUACUGUUGGGCCUCCAAAAAACAUCUCGGUGACCCCAGGAGAACGCUCCCUCAUCAUCCACUUCUCCCCUCCCUUUGAUGUGACAACGGAAGCAACUUUUACGUAUUGUGUCCAUUACUGGGAAAAAAUAGGAACCCAAAAGGUGAGCGGCCCUUUCAAGAAGAACUCCAUUGUGUUGAACGAUUUGAAGCCAUCUAGCGUUUACUGUUUACAAAUUGAGACGCAGCUGAUUGUGAAAGUCGGAAAUACCUGUCCACCUAGGUCUUCGUUCAGCAACGUAUCUUGCCAUGAAACAACAGAGAACACCUACACCAGCCAGCUAGCCAUCGGGAUCUCUGUGGGGAUCUUUCUGGUGCUCACAGGUGCCUGCUUCUUCCUGUUCCUCAAAUACCAGAGCCGGGUGAAAUACUGGUUUCAAGCUCCCCCAAAGAUCCCGGAACAAAUAAAGGAGUACUUAAAGGACCCAGACCAACCCAUCUUAGAAGUCUUGGACAAGGACAGUUCCCCAAAGGAUGAUGCCUGGGACUCUGUGUCCAUCAUUUCCUCUGCAGAAAAGGAGCAAGAGUGUGUGCUCCACACACUAUGAGCCAGGGCACCAGUCCCUGCUUGCCCAGGAGGACCAUGUGGGAUGCUGCUGCCAUUCUGCCUGGACUCUGCAGAGAUCACACUGCCCCCACGGACUUCCGCCUCAGGAAGGCCUUUCAUGGGAAAGAUGGUGGACUAUUGAUUCUUUAUGAGUUUUCUGGAUCAUACAAGUAUCUAAAAGGAUUCCACAGAGAAAUAUCUCAGGGAAAAAAACGUUUCUCUUAAACACUAAAAAGGCACACUGGCAGUAGGGCUGCCCUCCCUUCACUUUGGGAAUGAGUUGUCCCAGCCAUUCCUGCCUGUCACAAAGAGGGCCCUUAGUGUCCCCUUCAAGUCCAGAGUAAUGGUCUAAAUGUGAUUAUUGCCAGGCCCAGUGUUUGCCCAGCAUGGAAUGGCCUACGCUGCACCUCACACAUGUAGAGAUGAUCAAUUCUGUAAAUAAAGUUGUGAUAAUUUAAGUUAGGAUUUUUAAAGCUAGAAAUAAAGGAUUGUAUAUUGAA